AUGAUGAAGCUUCUGCGUCUUCCUCUCUCUUCUCUCUUCAUCUUCUUCGUUUUCCCCAUUUCACACUCAAUACCCUUCAUUGUUCUUCACGGAAUUUCUGAUGAGUGCUCUAGUCAUGGAGUCAAAUCCUUCACGGAGAAAUUGAUCAGUUACUCUGGUGUUCAGGGAUUUUGCGUUGAAGUAGGCAAUGGAUCAUGGGAUUCAUGGUUUAUACCUUUGAAAGAGCAGACUGAUAUUGUUUGCCAGAAGGUGAAGGAAAUGAAAGAAUUGAAAGGAGGAUACAACAUUGUUGGCCUCUCCCAGGGAAAUUUAAUUGGUCGAGGUGUGGUCGAGUUUUGUGAAGGAGGACCUCCCGUUAAGAACUUUAUCUCUUUAGCCGGCCCUCAUGCUGGUACUGCUUCAGUUCCCCUGUGUGGUACAGGUGUCUUUUGUGUCAUUGCAGACAAUCUCAUCAAGGGAGAGAUUUACAGUAGCUAUAUUCAACAACAUUUGGCUCCUAGCGGAUAUCUUAAAUUACCAAAUGCUUUACCCGAAUACUUGGAGAACUGUAGGUACCUCCCUAAGCUUAAUAAUGAAAAACCUGGUCAGAGGAAUUCCACUUACAUGGAAAGAUUUAGUAGCUUAAAGAAUUUGGUACUUAUCAUGUUUGAGCAAGAUACAGUUUUAAUACCGAGAGAAACAUCCUGGUUUGGUUAUUAUCCAGAUGGCUCCUUCAAGCCAACUUUACCACCGCAAAAGACAAAACUCUACACUGAAGAUUGGAUUGGCUUAAGAACUUUAGACAAAGCUGGCCGCGUCCAUUUCAUUAGUGUUCCGGGAAAACAUCUGGGAAUAUCAGAUGCAGAUAUGAAGAAACAUGUAGUGCCAUAUUUGAAGGACCAAACAUCAAGAGAAGAUAGAACUACUAAGUCUGGCUUUCGAAGGAUGGGUGGAGUUAACCGAAGAUUUAUUCAAAUCAACAAGAUGGUGUAA